CAUUAGGAAAAUAUGAACCAAUAAAGAAAGCAUUAUUUGGAUUUCGAAGCUCCUUUUAACAUUUCCACUUUUAGAAAAUUAAUAUUGCUAAAUAGCACUAUUGGCAAGCUCCGAGUAAAAUUUGCAUAUAUAACAUUAGAGGAGAGAAAGAGAUAAUGAUGAUGCAGCUACUAAUCAGUUUGUUAAUGGUUUCGGCCAUUAUUACAAUCGUCCCAACAUCAGUAGAAUCAGCUAGAAUCCGCCAUUACAAAUGGGAUGUAAAGAACGAAUUCAAAUCUCCCGAUUGCUUCAAAAAACUGGUCAUCACUAUCAAUGGCAGAAGCCCCGGCCCCACUAUUUUGGCUCAACAGGGUGACACCAUCAUCGUUGAGCUUAAAAAUAGCUUGAUUACAGAAAAUUUGGCCAUCCAUUGGCAUGGAAUCAGACAGAUUGGUUCACCAUGGUUUGAUGGAACCGAAGGAGUUACUCAGUGCCCAAUACAGCCUGGAGAAACCUUCAAGUAUCAAUUCGUAGUUGACAGGCCUGGGACAUAUUUAUAUCAUGCCCAUUAUGGGAUGCAAAGAGAUGCAGGGCUAUAUGGGUCAAUUCGAGUAGCACUUCCAGAUGGAGAGUUAGAACCCUUUGCUUAUGAUUACGAUAGAAGUGUUAUAUUAAAUGAUUGGUAUCAUAAAAGCACAAAUGAAUUAUCUACUGGCUUAUCCUCCAUACCUUUCCAAUGGGUUGGUGAACCUCAGUCACUUCUAAUACAAGGAAGAGGAAAAUUCGAUUGCUCUAGUUUGACUUCUCCAAGUUCAACAGAUCCUAAAGUCUGUAACUCAUCAAAUCCUGAGUGCUCUCCUUAUGUCCUUACUGUAAUCCCAGGAAAGACCUAUAGACUCAGGGUGUCCAGUUUAACUUCUCUAUCUGCCCUCAGUUUCCAAAUUGAGGGUCACAAUAUGACAGUUGUAGAAGCAGAUGGGCACUAUGUGGAGCCCUUUGUGGUAAAAAAUCUCUUCAUAUACUCCGGCGAAACAUACUCUGUCCUAAUAAAAACAGAUCAAAACCCAACAAGAAACUAUUGGAUGCAGACAAACAUAGUAAGCCGGUCUUCAAACACAUCCGCCGGCUUAGCCAUUCUCAACUACUACCCAAACCAUCCCAAGAGGAGCCCACCUUCGAGCCCAUCUGAAGGCCCAAAGUGGGACGAUGUUGAUCCACGUUUGGCCCAAAGUCUCUCCAUUAAGGCCCGUAAAGGAAUGGGCCGGGCCCCACCCCAGACCUCAGACAGAGUCAUUGUUCUCUUGAACACUCAGAAUGAAGUCAAUGGAUUCCGAAGAUGGUCCGUAAAUAAUGUCUCCUUCCAACACCCAAAAACACCGUACCUCAUUUCGCUGAAACACAAAUUAACAGGCCAAUUCGAUGAAAAACCACCUCCAGAUGGGUACGAUUUCGCCAAUUACAACAUCUAUGUGAAGCAAAAUAACUCUAAUGCGACGACGAGUAAUGGGAUCUACAGGCUCAAGUUCAAUACGACUGUGGAUAUUAUUCUACAGAACGCCAAUACCAUGAACCCGAACAACAGUGAGACCCACCCAUGGCAUCUCCACGGCCAUGAUUUCUGGGUUCUCGGAUACGGGUCUGGUAAGUUUGACAUCGACAAUGACCCGAAGAAGUACAAUUUGGUUGACCCGAUUGAAAAGAAUACGGUACCCGUUCAUCCAUAUGGGUGGACGGCUCUGAGGUUUGUGGCUAAUAACCCGGGAACUUGGGCUUUCCAUUGCCAUAUUGAGUCUCAUUUCUACAUGGGUAUGGGAAUAGUUUUGGAGGAAGGGAUUGAAAGGGUUGGAAAAUUGCCUUCGUCGAUAUUGGGGUGUGGUGCUAGCAAGGAUCUCCGAGUACCAUGAUAAUGUCUAAAUUUGAUCAACAAAAAAGUUCAAAAUUGAGAUGAAAAAUCACCAGAUAUUCUUUAUUGUAGUUAGUUGUUAAAUGUAUAAUUACACAUCUAUUCAUAGAUGAUCAACGACUACAAUUUCUUUUUUUUUUUGGUUUGAGAGAGGCAACGAUGAUUCUCUUGAGCAAAGAAAACUUUAGGCAAGAAGUUACUAAAUAUAAAUAUAAAGUUUAAUUUUUAGCAAUAAUAAUAAUUUUGAAUUGUAGGUACCUAG